AUGGCGAUGCUCCUGGAGCCUGGGAUGCAGAGCCUGCGGAUGGGUGCCAACGGUGAGCGGUGCCCGACGCCGUCCCCGCCCGGCUCCCCGGGGACACCCCACGACAGCUGCAGCAUCGCCCCGCUGACGCCCUCCCAGUCACCGCGGAGCGAGGCGCGUUCCCAGCAGGCGCCGUCCUUCUCCGUGGUGGUGGCCAUCGACUUCGGCACCACCUCCAGCGGUUACGCCUUCAGCUUCACCAGCGACCCCGAGGCCAUCCACAUGAUGAGGAAAUGGGAAGGGGGGGACCCGGGCGUGGCCAACCAGAAGACCCCCACCAGCCUCCUGCUGACGCCGGAGGGGACAUUCCACAGCUUCGGCUACACCGCCCGCGAUUACUACCACGACCUGGACCCCGAGGAGGCCCGCGAGUGGUUCUACUUCGAGAAGUUUAAGAUGAAGAUCCACAGCACCAGCGAUCUGACCAUGAAAACCGAGCUGGAAGCUGUCAACGGGAAGAAGAUGCCGGCGCUGGAGGUGUUCGCCCACGCGCUGCGCUUCUUCAAGCAGCACGCGGUGCAGGAGCUGAAGGACCAGUGCCCGUCCCUGCCUGAGAGCGACGCCAUCCGCUGGGUGCUCACCGUGCCGGCCAUCUGGAAGCAGCCGGCCAAGCAGUUCAUGCGGGAAGCGGCCUACAAGGCCGGGCUGGUGUCCCCGGAGACGCCGGAGCAGCUGCUGAUCGCGCUGGAGCCCGAGGCCGCCUCCAUUUACUGCCGGAAGCUGCGGCUGCACCAACUGAUCGAGCUGAGCUGCCGCCCCCCGGCCAACGGCGCCGAGACCCCGCACCCCAUCGACUCCAGCUUCCGGCAGGCCCGGGAACAGCUCCGGCGAUCCCGGCACAGCCGCACCUUCCUGGUGGAGUCGGGAGUGGGCGAGCUCUGGUCGGAGAUGCAGGCAGGUGACAGGUACAUCGUGGCCGAUUGUGGCGGGGGGACGGUGGAUCUGACCGUGCACCAGAUCGAGAAGCCGCAGGGGACGCUGAAGGAGCUCUACAAAGCCUCGGGAGGUCCCUAUGGGGCCGUGGGCGUGGACCUGGCCUUCGAGAAGCUUCUGUGCCACAUCUUCGGGGACGAUUUCAUCGCCACCUUCAAGGCCAAGCGUCCGGCGGCCUGGGUGGACCUGACCAUCGCCUUCGAGGCGCGGAAGCGCGCGGCCGCCCCGAGCCGCUCCAGCCCCCUCAACAUCUCCCUGCCCUUCUCCUUCAUCGACUUCUACCGCAAACACCGCGGCCACAACGUGGAGACCGCGCUCCGCAAGAGCAACGUCAACCUGGUGAAGUGGUCGUCCCAAGGGAUGCUGCGGAUGUCCCCCGAGGCCAUGAACGAGCUGUUCCAGCCAACCAUCACCCACAUCAUCCAGCACAUCGACGCCCUCCUGAAGAAACCCGAGGUCCACGGCAUCAAAUUCCUGUUCCUGGUGGGCGGCUUCGCCGAGUCGGCCAUGCUGCAGCGGGCGGUGCAGGCCGCCUUCGGCCACUGCUGCCGGGUCAUCGUCCCGCAGGACGUGGGGCUGACCAUCCUCAAGGGGGCCGUGCUCUUUGGCCUGGACCCCAGCGUGGUGAGGGUGCGCCGCUCCCCGCUCACCUACGGUGUGGGUGUCCUCAACAAGUUCGUGGAGGGCAAACACCCACGGGAGAAGCUGCUGGUCAAGGAGGGCAAGAACUGGUGCACCGACAUCUUUGAGAAGUUUGUCACCGUGGACCAGUCGGUGGCGCUGGGAGAGGUGGUCCAGCGCAGUUACUGCCCGGCCCGGCCCGGCCAGCGCCGGACCAUCAUCAACAUCUACUGCUGCGACAGUGAUGACGUGGUGUACAUCACCGACCCCGGCGUCAGGAAGUGCGGCACCAUCAGCCUGGAGCUGGGGGACGCGGGGGACGCGGGCGCGGCGCGGGGCCGGCGCGAGAUCCGCACCAGCAUGCAGUUCGGGGACACCGAGAUCAAGGUGACGGCGCUGGACACGCGCACGGCGCGCAGCGUGAGGGCCACCAUCGACUUCCUGUCCAACUGA